AUGUACGAACAAAUAUUACAUCUUGGAAAAGAUGGCUUUCUUAUGUGCCAUCUGAACUUCCCGAAGAGUUGUGUUUUGGAUUCAGUAAAGUGGUAUAAGGACUGUAGAGAGAUUGAAGGGGAGCGGUUUACUUCUCGGGAAAAAAAGCUUUUGGUGCAGAAUGUGUCAGCCGAGGACGGAGGGAACUAUGCAUGUCGAGCCAGACUGAUGCACAUGGGGAAACAGUACGUGGUUUUAAACGGCAUCACUGUGAACAUCAGCUCCACCCUUGUCGUGGACUGCAACAUAACAGACACAAGGGACAACACAAAUCGACGGUGCUGGACGGUCAAUGACACUUUGGUGGAUACUUACUACAAUGAAUCCAAACGAAUCAGAGAGGGAUUCGAAAGCUGUGCUGCUUUUCAGGAACACACUUCGUGCACAGUAAACAUAACCUUCUUAGAAGUAAGAAUGGAGGAUUACGGCCUUCCUUUCACGUGCCGUGCUGGAGUGUCUGCAGCAUACAUCAUGUUAGAACUCCCAGCUCCAGAUUUUCGAGCUUACUUGGUAGGAGGGCUUGGUGCCUUGGCACUUGUGGCUGUGUCUGCUGUGUGCGUCUACAACAUUUUCAAGAUCGACAUUGUUCUUUGGUACCGCAGUGCCUUCCGUUCUACUGGGACCAUAGAAGAUGGGAAGCUGUAUGAUGCAUACGUCUUGUACCCAAAGCCUCAAAGUGAAAGCCAGAGUCACGACGUGGACACGCUGGUGUUGAAGAUCCUGCCAGAGGUGCUGGAGCAGCAGUGCGGAUAUAAGUUAUUCAUAUUUGGCAGGGAUGAGUUCCCCGGACAAGCUGUGGCCAAUGUCAUCGAUGAAAACACUAAGCUAUGCAGGAGGCUGAUGGUCAUCAUAGACCCCGCAUGGGGGGUGAGCUUUGGCCUAUUGAAGAACAUGCCAGAAGAACAAAUCGCAGUCUACAACGCCCUCAUCCAGGACGGGAUGAAAGUCAUUCUGAUUGAACUGGGGAAAAUUGAGGACUAUACAUCCAUGCCGGAGUCAAUCCAGUACAUCAGACAGAAGCACGGGGCCAUCCAGUGGAGUGGGGACUUCACAGAGCAGUCACAGUGCAUAAAGACCAGGUUUUGGAAAAAAGUGAGAUACCACAUGCCACCCCAAAGGUAUCCGCCCUCUGCAGUCCAGCUGCAGAAACGCGCGCCCUCCAACUGCACAGCAGGCCCAGAACUGGGCUCCAGAAAAAAGAAUUGUCCUUUCAUGCAUGGUUAA